AUGCCUGAGCAAGUCUGUUCGAUCUCGGGUCUGGCAUACUUGCAACUUUCGACAUCAAGAGAACAGCUUAAAGAAGACUUGGCGGAGACUUUUGGGUUCAGAAAUUUUGACGGAAAACCGGAUGGGCUUAUUCAAAUUGAUCUCAGAUCGAACACAAAGGAAGAAAGAAUUCAUACAGCAGCUUUUGUCGGGAACUGCAACAAGGAGAUCGCCUCAAUUAUUCCCGGAUUGACUCAUAAGGUCAUAAAUUCUGAAGAGAUCAAGGAGUUCCCGGGCGCGGCAAGACGCAAAUCCAAAAUAUGUUUUGAUUUUAUUGACCACAUUGCUCUGGUCGUCCAUCUUCAGGACUUUGCCUCUACCUCCGAAUGGUAUCAGAAGACAUUCGGCUUGGUCAAAAUCGUCGAGCAUCGAAUUUCUGCCAGGAACAAUGGAAUGAUUCUCACGGUCUUAAAACCUCCUGAUUCUCAUUUUGCCAUUGUCAUAUCAGCGUCAUUGUCGAAAUCCGAUCAAACAGACCACAUAAAAAGCUAUCUCUCCCGAAACGGCCCUGGAAUCCAGCACAUUGCCUUCCACUGUAACAUUCAUCAGGAACUGAAGAAAAUUGAACAAAUAGAUUCGUUGGAAAUCGUCCCCACGCCGAUGAAUUAUUACACUCGGCCGCAUGUUCAAGAAUGCGUUCAAAAGAUCAAAUACGAUAUUCACUCCUUACAGAAAAAUAAUAUUCUGAUCGACUUUGAAGACCUAAACAAAGCUGAGAUUAUUCUUCAAGCGUUCACCAAACCAGUGCUUGAAAAUGGAGUGUUUUUUGAACUGAUUGAGCGAUGGAACGGAAGUCAAGGAUUCGGAAAACAAAAUGUUAAGGCUCUUUGGGAAGGAAUUGAAGAAAAUUGCUGA